AUGUUUGUCAACAGAAAACUCUUCAGCUUUUACAAAAACAACACCUUUGCCUUUUGCCUGGGAAGCACAUGGUUCCUGCUCAUAAACAGCGGCCUGCUUUUCACCGCAAAGUACUAUAACAGCUUCGAAAAUCGCCAUUCCUACAUCGAUGACGCAGUCAAGGUCCUAAGGGUGUACCUCAAUUACGCGGAUAGUACUAGUGUGAAAAUUUUAAAAAAAAAGGGGAACAUCGAUUCAUCCAACGAAAGGGCAAAAUGUGAACUCCUGUUGUCCCACAAGGGGGAGCACAUUUACCUACAUGUGAACGCUGUAAAAAAAGACACGGGAAAGGGGGGAUACGACGACUCAGACGAACUGGACGAUGAAGAAGGGAAAGAUAUUUCGGACUAUAUUGAAAAUCCAUACUUAAUAAAAAAAGAAAUAAAGCUCCUUGUACAGAGGCUACGAUCCUUCCUGUCAUCGUUUGCCUCAAGCAGGGGUGACGAAGAUGGAGGGAAAUCUCACCAACACGGUCAAGCCAGUGAAACAGCAGCAGACAACACAAUGGAGCCUGAUAAGAGAGUACCAAACAGACAUAUGGACAUGUUAAAUAUCAUUCGAAAGGGAAACAAAUGGAAGAUCAACAAUAUAAUGAUGGUUAAAAAGAAGAAGUUAACAGACGAGUUGCACAAAAAUGAGGGAAAUAAAUCCCUACGAAAUCGUGUAAGCCUCUUUGUGAAUAAUUUUUUCCAUUACAAAUACGAAAUACAUGCCGUGUAUGGCAAUCCUCCACACAAUUCGUACUUUUACAAAUAUGAUCAGAAGAAAAAAACCUUCAGCCAAAAGCAAAAAAAUCUGGGGAAAUUUCUCUUUUGCGCAUUCCUCCUUUCUACCAUUCUCGCCAUUAAAAGAAUCUACAUUUAUACAAAUUCCUAUUUUGGUUUAAAUUUCGUCAAACAGUUUGUCCUACACAAUGACCAGCUAUACAAGAUUAUGGGCAACAGUCCAAUUCAGAUUUUGAGCAUAUCUGGAGUGCAUGAAAAAAAUUACCUGAACAGCAAGGUGUUUAUUCAGGCCAUGGACAAACAGGGCGUGGUUCAAAUGACCGCCACGAAGGGGAAAACGGACAAGGGGUUCUUCCUCCUACACGCGAAGCUUCUCCUGGGCAAUCAGACGAUAGAGUUGGGCAGGGGGGAUUCCCCCCCUGGAAGUUUACAUUAG